AGAGAGAGAGAGAGAGAGAGAGAGAGAUUUUAUCUGGGGAUCUCUCUCUCAUGUGUGCUGAUCAGAUGGUGGCCCAGAAGAUCGGAAUUUUUUGUGUGUUUAUAUAUUUGUGUUCUUGUUGCGAUGGUCUGCUAAGGUUCUUCUAUGGCAGUACAUAGACACCCACUUUGGUGUUGGGGUUCUUUGAGGUCUUCUGUUAUGAAUUUAAGUUAAUGGACUUCUUUUGAUUACCUUAUUGAACUGCAAUUACGAGCUGAAGACUCUAAAUUCCCAUGGAGGUUGUUUAGUUCAUGCUCUGUUGUCCAAUUUUGGAAAGUUUGAUUAAUUUUUUCGUGGACCUUUGGAAAGGGGUAGGAGAGAGAAACACGGGCAUGAGGUGAUGACCACAUAUUACCUUACAUUGGUGCCCCUGCUGAGUGUAUUGAUAAACUAAGAUUACAAUUAUUCCCUUUCCUGUUACAAUUGUACUCAAAUCAGUGCUGUUUCUUGAAGUGAUUGAAGGAAUGGGAACCAAAAUACAAUCUAAGACAUAUUUCUCACGACAUAAUUCCAUGAAGGAUUCAAAUGAUAAUGAGGCAAAUGGCAUGUUUGCCCUAUUUCAUGAGGACAAAACCUUGAAAAAUGGUCGGCUUUAUGACUCAUCAUUGACACAGCAAGCCAGAAAGUUGGGGUAUGAAAUGGAAAAGGUGAGGCAAAUGAUUAUGAAGCACGAAGCAAUAUUUAGGCAUCAGCUUCAUGAACUUCACCGUCUGUAUCAAACACAAAGGGACAUGAUGAACGAAAUUAAAAGCAGAGAACUACUCAAGCAUCAAAUGCCAGCACAAACAUUGCAGUCAAGCGUCUUUUUAUCUCACCUUCCUUCUGAAGAUGCUGAAAAGACAAGGCAUAUCUCUAAUUCUCCCGUGACGGAUUCAAUUUUGAUUAGACUGUCCAAAUCACAGAUUGAUAGCAUUCAACACAAUGGAAUAAUGAAGGAUUGUGAAUCUCCCACACCUAAAUGCAACACAUUUCAGAGAAAAGUGGUUGACCUUGAAAUGCCAGCUGAUGUGUACAUGAACAAUGAAGGAAAACGACUAGAAAAAAGAUUUUGUGGAGUACGAGGGGUUGAAAAGUGCUCCCCCAAAAGGAAUCAUGAAGUCCCACAUAUAAGAGAUGUAAAUCUUUCUCUUGAUAGUGCCUUCAAGACUGACUAUAAUGGUGAUUCUUUGAGAGCUAAUUUGAAUCCAAAGCGAACUCAUGAUUUGGCUGACCUGAAUGAACCAGUUGAGGUUGAGGAAACAUCAGUUUCAUCCUCUGUUGACGACUUAGACAAUAUCACCUACCUUGAAGAGGUAGUGCAAACGAGAGAUGUAUCUGCCAAUGCGAAUUUACAAUUCCAUUUUAUAUCGAAGGAACUCUCUCAAAGUCCCAUUACAGGAAGGGUUGAAAGAAGUUGCCUCAACAAUAGGCAUUUGGUGAGUGGAUGGCACACAAAGGAGAAAUUGGCUAAUAACUUUAAAACUGGGGAAACUAGAUGUAACAACCACUCUUCCCCUGGAGAUGUAAGUUCUCACAGUUCACAUACAACAUUUAAAUCGUUUCAAGUCGAGCCUGGGAAAGCCCAUGAACCUUUAGCAAGUAUCCUACCUGCUCAAAGUAAGCCAGAACCUCAGAGAAAAAGAAUGAUUUUUGGUGUACAAAUUUCUGAAGGAAGUCACGAUCAAUCAAUUGUUGCUUCUCAUAUGCCCAAUCCGAAUCCUCUGUCUGAUGUGAUCAAUGCUCAGUCAUCGUUUGCUUCACGGAGAAAGACUACAAGUAUUUUGGGGCAGAAUGUGACAUCAGUUCCAACAAAUCCUUGCUUUAGCACAUCUGAUAUUUCCAAUCAGAAUUCUAAUUCAUUCAAGCAAAGCUUGGAGAUUGUGAAGAUGCCUUUUAAUAGCAAUUCCAGAUCUAUUCCUAGUUCUGAUUUGUCUUGCCAAAAUGGCACAUGUCUUGGUUCUCAGGCAGAUAACAAGCAACUACAGGGUCACUGCUCAUCAAUUGGAUUUGAUAUCCUGAGUGGCACCGAUGCUAAUACGUUGUUGCCUAAACAAUUAGUACAACAGCCUCUUCACAAGGAUUUAAAGGCAGGUGUGGAGACUCCAUUCAGAUUUCAGAAUCAGCUGGUUUCUCAACAAAAUCCUGGGUCUAUGGAUGGUCAAAGGAAGCACGAGAACUCCAAGGGAGGACUUGACUGGCUUCUAGCAAAGCCACAAUAUGGUGGCGAGCAGACCAAAGUGAGGGAAGGUUCUUAUUACAUGCAUUUGGACUCCUUGCAGAAUUAUUCUCAGCAAUUUUUUAACACAACUGAGAGAGCAAAGGGCCCCUCUAAGAAUCUGAAUCGGGAUUCAACAGCAUCAACAUGCACCCAUGAUGCGGAGUGCAGGAAAGUUGAAGUUGGUGACUGCACUAGUAUUAAAAAGAUCCUUGGGUUUCCUGUGUUCAGUGUGCCGCACAUCUCCAAGGAUCUUACUCCUGCUGGCUCUCCCUCAAAGUCUACUUGUCUUGGUUUUGAUAUUGAUGGUGAUAAUUCCAGGAAAGAUUUGGCUGAUGAUCCCAAAUCUGAAAAUCAGCUUGAAAGGAAGGAUACUGUUCUACCGGAGGGAUUAAAUAACUGUAUUGCUGAUUUAAGACAUCAUAUAGAUUUAAACUUGUCUGUAACUGAAGAAGAGGCGACAUUGGCACCCUCUCUCCCAAGUGCCAUAGUGAAGAUUGCUAUGAAGGAGAUAGAUUUGGAGGCUCCUGCAGUUCUUGAAUCAGAUAUGGAUACAUACGUGGAACCUAACUCUCUAGGAAAUAACUCAUCAUCAGAUAAAUUUGAGGAACCUCAAGAAGAACUUGUGAAAGUUGCAGCUGAGGCUAUAAUCGUCAUCUCAACAUCAUCGAGAACACAUAUUCUUAUGGACCAUCCCACUUGUCAUUCAUUGGAAGCUUCACCAAAUGAUUGCCUCCAGUGGUUUGCAGAGGUAAUAGCUUCUCACAAGGGUGAUCAUGAGAGCAAUGCCCGCGAAAUAUUGUUGGCUAUGUGUGGUCUCGAGGAUGAAGAGACUAUCCCUGAUUGUAUGGAUUACUUUGAGUUCAUGACAUUAAAGUUGAAAGAUACCAAGGAAGAAGAGUACAACUAUAAGCCGACAAUUUUGGAGAGUCAGAAAGAGGAAGAAGUAGGGGCCAUAUCAUUGCCAAAACGGCCUCGAAGAGGGCAAGCAAGGAGGGGAAGACAGCGAAAGGAUUUUCAAAGGGAUAUAUUGCCUGGUCUUGUUUCUCUGUCUAAGCAUGAUAUGAUUGAGGAUCUUCAGACAUUUGAAGAGCUGCUUAGAGCUAGUGGCUGCAGUUGGCAGUCAAGGCUGUCACAGAGGAAUGCUGCUAAGAACAGUCGGGGUAGGAGGCGUUCAGGGGUCCAACUCGCUCUCUAGCAGCUGCAACUGCAGUUUGCCCACCCCCGAUACAGCAACCUAUUUAUAGAGAAACGGGACUAGAGGAGAGAAGUCUUACUGGAUGGGGAAAGAGGACACGACGUCUGCCUAGGCAGAGAUGUCUUACUGGUAAUCCUCCUCCUGCUUUGUAGUGUUGAUUUCUGAUUUUGGAAUCUUCUAUAACCUAUAGAGGAAAGAUUUGGGAGCUUGGCAAAAGGAAGUAAGGGAUGAAACGCAGCUUUCUUGUUUUGGUUUCCAAGCCAUGUAAGGUUACUGUUGUACUGUCUGUGGAGACAUGAAAUCAUGUUCUUUGAACUUCAGAGUACCUUGAGUGGUUUCAUCAUGAAUAAUGUUGCAUGUUUCUUUGGACAUACAAUAUGCACAUUCUUGUGAUUGUAUUGUACAAUAUCCGAAAUUUAACGGAUUAUUUUAUUACGGUAUUACCCUUAUAACGGAUUACUUUAUUACGGUAUUACCAGGAUUGUAAAAUAAAAAAGAUUACAAGCAAAAAUUUCUAUCUGUGUAAAAUACAGAUCAG